AUGUCGAGCGUUGCGACUCGCAAAGCUCCGAACGCCUUCAACUUCCUCCGCCAGAUCACAGUGCUGGAAAGAUGCAAGUCUGUGGAGGAUUGGUCCAAGUCGGCUGCGAUUGCCAAGGCAUAUCAGCUUGGAAAGCUGGAGGCUGCCGCUGUGUCCAACCUGAAGACAAAGGUCUCGAUCAAGGUUUUGGAGCGGGUGACGGAGUGUGUUCGUGUGAGAGGCCUCCGCUACUUGAUCUCUCACGAGGCUUUGGCUAAGGACAUCCUGAAUCAAGGUUUCACGUCCGGCCGCGACAAGCUGGACGCGUGGGCCGUUCCGCUUACAAACUGCUCCGAUGAUGCCUUGGUGAUGCUGUUCUGGGAUAGGCUUUGUGCUGAUCAUGACAAGCAGCCUCGGGAGCUGCGGAAGCCCGUUGGAUUUCGUGAUGCCUGCAGCCUGCAUGCAGCGACGGGUGCUUUCCUGCACUUCGUGGCUCAGCUUCAGAAGAAUAUUUCUGAAGCUGACUUCAAGAAAGAGGAAAGCAAUCUGAAGAUCCAGUUCAUGAGUGGCUGCCUGGAUCCUGAGCUAGUCAGUGCUGUCGAGAAUUCGGUACCGCCGGGCGAUCUGAAGUCUGUGGGCUUGCUGAGGGACAUCGUGAACAAUGUGCAGCACCGGGCCACCUUGGAGGCUGAGGCUCGAAGUGACGAGCUGGCCAGAAAGGUGGCAGAGGCCACUGCUGCCCAGAUCAGUGCCCAGCUGCUUGCUGACAUCGAGACCUUGAAAUCCCGAAUUCCUGACCCUGCUGCUUUAGCUCGGCAAGCUGCUCUUGAUGUGAAGUAUGUGCGAGAUCGGCUUGUGAUGUGCACAUGUGACUUCACAGUCUACCCGAGCAACUCCAAGAUGGUUACCAGUGUGCAAGAGCAGCUGUGCACGGCCUUGAACAUGUCGGCUGACCACUUCGGUCACAUUCAGUUGCCUCAGAACCAGGCACAAACCCAACAGAGCGUGGCAAUCAAGCACCGCCGCAGCCUGGAGGAUGGACUGCUUUCGCGGUCCAUGGAUCUGAGCAGGCAUGUCACCAUGUUGUUCAAGAAGGAAAAUGUUCGUGCAUCAGACAAGCGGCCCGGCACCCAAGCCUGCUAUGCUGUCUUCUCGGCCCACAAGAAGGUUGCACAAAGUGCUUGGAGCACUUCCGAGCCUCUGCAAACCAGCUUCAUCCCGGACCUCCCGCUCAUCAGUGUGGCAAACAUGCGAGGGUACGACCAGGACAAUCGGAAAGGAACCGAAUGCCACCAAGCCAUUGUGGAGGCCUAUCUUGACGGCCUGAACCUUGCCGAGAACGAUAAAGUCGUGAUCUUCGACCUGCUCCCCAACCGGUAUGCAGAAUUCGGCUUGGCUUUGUGCCAGAGGGCUUUGGAGGGAAAGACACCGACAGCACUCUACUUUGGUGUGCUGCGGGCAGAUCAGAAGGAUGUGCAGUCGGAGAUGUUUUCCAUGGCUUACAGCCACUGGGAUGGAAGCUCCUUGUCCCCUCCAAUGUCCCGGCCCGUCGAAGCCCCUUCAGAAGAGAGCUUGACACCACUCAACCUGCUCACCUGGUCCAAUGGGAGGCCUGGAUGGCCCACCGAUGUGCUGAGCAAGUUUUUGCCUGGAAGCAAGGAGCAUGAGCACAUCUCGAAGAUCAAGCACGACUUUGAAGUGCUGUGCCCGGCUGCUGACGUCGCCCCGCCUGCUGCGUCCUCGGCAAACCCGGCUCGCGCGCAGGGCUCCCCUGACUUCAGCGUCGAUGGUGGCAAGCAGCCCUUGGAUGUGACACGUUUGCUCGACCUGCAAAUGAUCGCCAACGAUGACUUCAAUGAGCCGAGGCCAUACACAUCCUAA